CAUUGUCCUGUUUCCUUAGUGUGUGUUCAUUGUGGAGAUGAGGAAUCGUUAACACAUAUGUUGUUUUUCUGCCCUUUUGUGCAAAGAGUUUGGUUCGUUUCUCCUUUAAACUUGUUAGCUGUGAAUCUACCAACUCUUCCUUUUCCUCAACUUUGGAAACAUAUUAUGCAGGAACUUGCUAUUUUGGAUAAUACACAUUAUGCAUUGGGCUUAUGUUCUUAUAUUUGCUGGUCUCUAUGGAAAUGUCGUAAUCUGCUCCUAUUUGAUCAUGUGGCUCACGUAAGCAGCUCAGAUUCUAUUCAGGUCAGUUGGAUUGCUCCACCGUUGGGAUUUAUUAAGAUUAACUUUGAUGCUGCUACUUCCUCUUCGCAUCAUUGCGGUUUCAUUGCAGCGGUGGCUAGGGAUUCUUCUGGAUGUGUUGUUAAUAGGUUUCAUGCUUGUUACCGACAUAUUUGGGAUCCAGGAAUUUUGGAAUUCUUAGCAUUACGUGAAUCACUUAGCUGGGCGAUUUCAUGUGGUUGGUACCGAGUCAUCUUUGAAGGAGACGCUCUUCAGGUUUCACAGGCUGCAAAUUCGGGCACUGUUUCGGAUUACAAGACUUGGGGAAUCUGUCAAGAUAUUAGUCGACUCCGUCGCUCUUUUACUUCUUGUUCAAUAUGCUAUGUCAGCAGACGUUUCAAUAUGAUGGCUCAUGAGUUAGCUAGUUCAACAAAAAGUUUGUAUUUGUCACAUUUGUAACUGCAAUGUUUCUAUCAAUAUACUA